CAUCUUCUUCUCGAAGACCGGCAUCUGGUUGUAGAGUGGGAAGACUUGCAACUACGUUCAAAACGGUAGACGGGUUCGUUUAGGGUUAAACUGGUCGUCGUGCCAGCAGGGAUGGAUUUGUUACCCGCGAAAUACCCUCAUGAUUUACGAGCAUUGCGGGCAUGUGGGAGUGGAAAAGAAUGGGAUGAUGGGAGGAAGCAAAAGACGAUUAAAACCGGGCAUUGUGAGUGUCAACUCGCAAUUGACGGCGCCGUUCAGCAGCAGCUGGAUCGAGAUAUCAGUGGACUUGACCAUGGUUCAAGAAGUUCGGGGAUAACAUGAUAUCGGACAGCAUCUGCCGACGAAAUUGAGUAGUAGAGUGCAUUGCAAUGAUGAGCUGACAGCAAUGACGAGCACAUUGAAGGCACCUCUUACUGCCAGUUUUACAAUGCUCUGAUGAAUAAACAAAACAAAAAAUUUUUCGAUGAACC